AUGCUGUGGCGACAGUGGCUGACGUCCGCCGUGAGCGCCCUCUGCCUGCCUUGGGCCGCCGCCUCGGAGAAAUGGACGCAGCUGACGCCGACGACGUUGGCCGAGCCACGUGCGCGGGAUGUCAUGGCGUUCCAAGUUGUCGACGACGAAGCGAUCGUGUUUGGUGGCGCCGGCAACGGCAACUACCUCGCCUUUGACGACACGUGGAAGUUUGAUUUGGUGCACAGCAAAUGGUCGCAGUGCACGCCCCAAAUUCGACCCGGCGCGCGCUAUAGCCCCGUCGCCGCAACCAAAGGCCGCAGCGUUUACGUGUUUGGUGGGAUGGUCGCCGACCCGAGCAGUCGUACCGGCUUUCGCUCGGCCAACGACCUCUGGCGCUUGGACGUGCCAACGUGCGAAUGGGCUCCCAUCGCCACUGCCGGCAGCGCGCCAGCCGCUCGGAGCGCAGCCGCCGGCGUCUCGCUACCGACUGCGAUGGUUGUUUUUGGAGGUCUCACGAUCUCAGGGGGCUCGGCCGUCGACUGGAAUGACGUGUGGUCCCUCAACUUUGAGACGCUGCAAUGGUCGUCAAUCGCGGUGGAUCGCAAUCUCCUGGUGCCCUCGACGCGCUUCUCGCACAGCAUGACAACGAUCACCGUCGGCGGCUUGGUGACGCUCGUGGUGUUUUCGGGUCGUCAUUUGAGUGGUGCGACGUGGACGCUGUUAAGCGACGUGUGGCUACUACCGCUGACGACGAACGCUGAGCGCGCGUGGACCGUGGUGCCGACCGUGCGGCCGACCAUGGGCCGCAUCUUCACGGACGCCGUGACCAUCCAAGGCGCCGUGUGGCUCUACGGUGGCUUCAGUCUUCUUUCGGACCGCAGCCAAGACGCGGUCGCGUACGACGACACGCUGGUCGGGAUGCUCGACACCCUUCCCAAGGUCCUUUCGUUCGGCAGCGACUCGUCGUCGCAAAUGAUGGUCAACGAGCCGUCCGCGCGCUACGACCACCGCUCCGCCGUGUGGCGCGACCAGUUCCUCGUGUACGGCGGACGCUUCCAGUUUUGCCUCGGCGACCUCUGGCUGCGCAACACCUCGUCACCGCCCGUGUAUUCGGCGGCCUCUACCGAUACGUCCACCGACUAUCUUUUCUUCGUCCAAGGCGGCGUCAUUCUGGUCAGCGCCAUGACCACUCUCGUCAUUUUAGCCAAGUUAAUUUACCUCAAGUGCUUUCGCCACCCCGCCGGCCGCGUAGCGCCUUCCUCGGCCCCCGCGCCGCGUCACGGCAUCACGACCGCCCAAAUGGCGGCUUUCCAGCGCAUCAAGUUUGCGGUGGCAGCGACCAAUGCAACCGAAGAGCUCUGCCCCAUCUGCUUGGUGGACUUUGAGGACGGCGAGACGUUGGUGCUUCUCAACUGCGCGCACCAGUUCCAUGGCGAGUGCAUCGCGUCGUGGCUAGCGCAAAACCAGACGUGCCCGAUGUGCAAGCGGGAUGUCCUCGCGCCGUGCUCACCUACAAGUGCAACGCCCUCAGGCCGGCCGAGCGUCGUCGCCCCCACGCUGGAGGACAACGCCCUUAUCGCCACCGAUCUCUAA